AUGUCGUACUACAACGAUCAACCUCAAGGCUCCUACGGCCGCGAUCCCUACAACCAACCUCCAUCGUACAGUGGCCCACCUCAGGUUCCUCACCCAUGGGUCGCCGAGUGGGACGAACGUGACGGCCGCUGGUUCUUCGUCAACCGUGAGACCGGCGAGCGUACCUUCCAACACCCGCAACAGUCCUAUGGCGGAGGCGGCUACGAUGAGAGAGGCUUUGGAGGAGGUUAUGGAGGACAGGAGCAGAGAGGAUAUGGCGAGCAAGAGCCGCAGCAUAAAUCUCACACUGGUCGCAAUGUUGCACUCGGUGCAGCUGCAGGGCUUCUCGGUGGCGCCCUCUUAAUGCACGAAGGAGAGAAAGUUGAGAACAAAUGGGACGACGCCAAGUAUGAUGUCGAGAACGACGUUCGUGACGGAGUGCAAGAUGUUGAGAACUUCCCCGACGAUGCAGCACGCUGGACUGGCGACAAGGUUCAAGAGGUCGAGGACAUCCCGCAAGAUGUUGACCGCAAAUGGGACAACGCGGUGCAGGACGUGGAAGAUGUGCCUGACGACGUUGCUGGCUGGGCUGGUCGAAAGGUCGGUGAUGUCGACAGAUUCGAUGACAACAUUGACAACGCCUACGACCAAGGCCGCGAUGAUGCCAGAUACAACGACAACUACUAG